UCGGCCGUGCGGCAAACACGCAGCUCGCUUUUCAGCCAAUUCAACCAGCUCCAGAAUCAGCUUACAGCUUUCCACCAGCCUUUCAACAUCGCGUCAUCAAUCGCAUCGUGCGACAGGACCCUCGAACAGUUUUCCCAGCAACGCGCGCACUUUUCCCGCUUCGGACCUCCGGUUUAUGGUCUUCUGUACUCCGCCUUAUCGCUUUACUUUGCAUAUUUGUAUUUGCUUAACCAUUCCGUUUCGGUGUCAAAACGAUAUAUAAUAAAUCCCGGCGAUAAGAAGCUGCCUGCCGAACGGAGAGCUUAACGCAGAAUUGUUCAACACAAAAGUGAAUUACAAAUCAAUUGAGAAAGCCCUCGGCUGCGAGACAUAGAGCCGGCAUCGACUCCAUUCCGAAAGUGAGCCACUAAGGGAGCAAACAGUCCCCGCAUGAGUAACAGCGCCAUGGUGGCCGUGGCCAUCUGCUGCAUCCUCGUCCUGCUGGCCGUCUUCAUCGUGAUCAUCAUAGUCGUUGGCCAGACCAUCGAGGAGCCCAAAUGAGACAUGCUCCAGCUGGGACCUGGCAACUUCCCAGAUGGAUAACAGAGGCCCCCCCCAAAUUGUUAGUUUGCUGGGGCCGCCAGCAAAACAUCGUUGCCACCUCAUCAGCAUCUGCAAAAUCAUCAGAACCAGAAUCAAAAUCAGCAUCAUUUCCAACGGCAGAAAAUUAGCAGAGGAAACAGAGGGUUCAGGAGUGGAGGAAAUGCGUCCCAUCGUCAGUAUCCAUUGGCUGUGAUGUGAAAUUUUUAGAAUUUGUGAAGCAAAAAUCAAUCGAGAAAUCAACCCAACACAAAAGGAGCUACUCUACAUCUUUUGAACAUUCCGCAUCCUGUGGAACACACAUCUUCAUUUAGCAUUUCUCUGUGUGCGUGUGUUAAGUGUUGUUAAUAUAAAUGUAUAUAUUAUAUAGACACACAAUCUAUGAAUACAACAAAUAUAUAGAUAUCUAGACAGACUUACGUACUUAUAUAUGGAUAUAUAUGUGUAACCCAACCGUCGUAACGUUGCGUUCUUUUUUAUAAAAGUGUUGUUAACAAACCGAUUUUUAUUGAUGUUUUAUUGAUGUUGAAUACAACGUAUAUACAUGCAUACACACACGAAAGUGGAAUAAGUUUACAUUAAAAGUCCAGCGAUGUCAAAAUUGAAGAGCGGAAAUCCCUAGAAAAAAUCAAGGAAGCGGAAGUAGAAGGAUCAGGACAAUAGGGAUUGUAACUGGAGAGCUCAAUUGUUUAUUAUACCGUAAGAUCAUAUCAAGUGGGAAUGAUGCCAGCAAUUGCACUUGUUAAUUGCACAGCGAAUGGGAUUCAGCCGGAACUGGUGGAUAGAUAUACCUAAUUAUAAACGGGAGAUAUGAAUUAUAUAGCGGAGAUAUGCAUUUUAUAUAUCAAACAAAACAACUUUUGGAUAAGUUUUACGUGUACGUGUACCUAGAAGUAGCCAAAUCUCGUUUAUACAACAUAAGCUGUUAUCAACUAUGGAACUUACUCACUUAAAAUCAAUUGGAAAAUUAUACUUGAAAGCCCCAUAAAACCCAAUUAAAUCAAUUCAACGCAAAACGUACGUGCGCUGUAAACGAUAUUAAAAAAAAUCCUUCCACUCCAUUCAACUCAAUUCAAUUUUAAUCAAUGCAAAUGCCAGACUCUGCAAACACAAUAUUCAACAAAUGAUCAACGCGCUGCGCAUAAAUUAAUAUAUUAAUUAAAUAUAAACAUCAACAACAAUGGCCAGUGUCAGAAAAAUGGGAGAAAGAGUGUGAUCAGACAUUCGUGUCGCGGAUCGGUGGACCCCAGAAUGGCAGCUUUUCGGCCCCGCUGCUGCACAACCAUCGCAAUCACUCGCGCCAAUGCCUCUACACCUU